AGAAAAGUGUGUGAAGAGUGAAAUACACUUAGAGUAGAAGUGUAUUGGUGAGGAUUGGUUUUUUGUAAUAGUUGAGUGUGAGAGUUUGCUCCUCCUAUUGUAAUUCUGUUCUUGAUAUUGAAUAGAAGAAUUUUCCAAUCCCAACAAGUGGUAUCAGAGCGAGGUUGAGUUUUCAUACACUGUUUUCUUAUUUUCAGAUAAAUUUCUACAGGUUAGAAAAUCGUGAUUUUUCAAGUUGCUCGGAAUCACGAUCUGAUCAUACCGUUAGAUUCGUCUCGUCGAGACGAGAAAUCUGGUAUUUUUUGGGAAUUUUUUGGCCACCGGAAGAGGCCGUACGCGCCGCCCAAACGCGCCGGAAAACUGCCUGCGUCAUCAUUGCGUCAUCACGCAGUCCAGAGGAAGAAGACGAGCCACGUCAGCCGCCACGUCAGCCGCCACGUCAGUCCACGUAAGCGCCACGUCAUCCGCCACGUCAUCCGUGCAAGCCAUCUCUAGGUGCCACGUCAGCGACACGUCAGCGCCACGUCAGUGACACGUCAGCGCCACGUCAGCGCCAGCGCAGAGCCAGCUGUUGCCACGUCAUCCGCCUGCUGGUCUGCUCACUGGGCUGCUGCCUGAACCGGACCGAACCGGUUCGUACUUGUGGAGGCCGGUUCACCCAUUUUCGGACCGGUUUUGGACAAGGUCAGACCGGUUCCUACCAUUUUCGGCCAUUCCGGAUCCAACGGUGAGCUCCGUUUGUCCAAAUUCGGCUCCGAAAAUAAGGUACGAGAUAUUUUGAGCGUUUUAUUAUGGAUAAAUCAUCAUCGGACACCAUGAUUGCGCUCACUUCCACAAAUUACAAUAUGUGGAAGCCUCGGAUGGAGGAUUUGCUAAAUUUGAGGGAUUUAGCUGAUCCUCUUGAUAAUAAUGGCGUGAAACCGGAUAAAAAGACGGAUGAAGAAUGGACAAAAAUGAAUAGAAAAACUGUCGCACAAAUUCGACAGUGGAUUGAUCAUAGUGUGUUCCACCAUGUUGCGCAAGAACAAAGUGCUUACACACUAUGGGAGAAGCUUGGUAGCAUGUAUCAAGCAAAAACCGCACGAAAUAAGACUUUACUAAUGAGGCGAUUAGUAAACCACAAAUUACGAGGAGGUAUUUCGGUGUCAGAACACACCAGUCAAUUCCAGGAUCUUGUGAAUCAGUUGAGCACCACCGGAUGGGUUCUCAAAGAUGAAGAACAGGCGAUACUACUCUUGAGCUCUCUACCUGACAGCUGGGAGACUCUUGUUGUCACUCUCAGCAAUUCUGCUCCCAAUGGCAAAGUGACUAUGCAGAUGGUCACAGAUGCCCUUAUGAAUGAAGAAGCCCGAAGAAAAGAAGCCGGGACUGAACAAUCAUAUGCCUUCGUGUCAGAAACCAGCAGACGAGGGGGAGGCAGAAAUGGAGGAAGAACUCGAGGUCGAGGUAGAGGCCAAGGUCAAAACAGAGGAAAUUCUCAAGUUCGCGGCAGAUCACAAGAGAGAGGUAUGUCCUUUGAAAACAGUACUUGGUUUGAAGGAUAUUGCAAUUACUGUAGUAAUUAUGGGCACAGAAAAAGAGAUUGUAGAAAGUUUCUACGAGAGCAGCCACAGACGAGUCAAAAUACUAGCCAAGAUGAUGGUGAGACCAUGGUUAGUUUGUCAUCAGACGUGUGUCUUGUUACACAUGGUGAACAAGAAUGUUUACACGUAGGUACUCAUGAUGUUGAGUGGGUGAUUGAUACAGCCGCAUCAUUUCACGCCACUCCACACCAGAAUUUAUUCACAUCUUAUAAGUCCGGGGACUUUGGAGCUGUGAAGAUGGGAAACACCAGUUUCUCGAAGAUUGUUGGCAUUGGUGAUGUGCACAUAACAACCAAUGUCGGAUGCGCACUUGUGUUGAAAGAUGUUCGACAUGUUCCGGAUCUUAGAUUGAAUCUUAUCUCCGGUACAGCUCUGGAUCAGCAAGGAUAUCUUAACCGAUUCAAAGAAGGUACGUGGAAGUUAUCUAAAGGUUCCUUGGUUGUUGCAAGAGGCCAUAUUUGUGGUACUCUUUAUAAAACUCAUGCAAAGUUGUGUCAUCCAAGUCUUAAUGCUGUUGAAGAAGAGAUAUCACCAAACUUGUGGCACCGGAGGCUAGGCCACUUGAGCGUGAAGGGAUUGACAACUCUUGCAAAGAAGGAAGUCAUUUCCAUGGGCAAAGGUGUUGCCCUAGAUCCAUGCGAACACUGUCUAUUCGGGAAACAACACAAGGUUUCCUUCAGUUCUACCAGGAAGAACCAUUCAGAGUUACUCAGUCUUGUACACUCUGAUGUAUGCGGACCCAUUGAAGAGGAGUCACUUGGAGGAAGCAGAUAUUUCGUGACAUUCAUUGAUGAUGCAUCACGAAAGGUAUGGGCUUAUUGUUUGAAGAGUAAGGAUCAAGUGUUUGAUCGCUUCAAAUUAUUUCAUGCCAUGGUAGAAAGAGAAACAGGGAAGAAGCUGAAGUGCCUGCGUUCAGACAAUGGAGGAGAGUACACUUCUCGGGAGUUCUCAGCAUAUUGCGCGGCAUAUGGAAUCAGACAUGAGAAGACGGUUCCACGAACUCCACAGCACAAUGGUGUAGCCGAAAGAAUGAAUCGGACCAUUAUGGAGAAAGUUCGCUGCAUGCUGAGUAUGGCUAAACUACCUAAGCCAUUCUGGGGUGAAGCUUUGCUGACAGCUUGUUAUCUUAUAAACAGGUCACCUUCUGUUCCUUUAAACUUUGAAGUGCCAGAGAAGAAAUGGUCAAGAAGAGAUGUUUCUUACUCUCACUUAAAAGUGUUCGGGUGCAAGGCAUUUGCACAUGUGUCCAAGGAGUUGAGACAGAAGCUGGAUCUCAAGUCAAACCCAUGCAUCUUCAUCGGGUAUGGUGAUGAAGAAUUCGGAUACCGGUUGUGGGAUCCCGAAGUGAAGAAAGUUGUACGAAGCAGAGAUGUUGUAUUUCAUGAAAACGAGUUUCAUGGGUGUGUUCCAAUAAUCCGCCAACAACAUACUCCAGAAGACGAAGUGCAUGUAUCAUCAAACAUUCCUCUCAGCGACGAGGAGAUGCAUGAUACUACUGAACAAGAGAGUGAUGGUUCAGUAGGUGAUGAUGAUACUCACAGUGAUGAUAUUCCUCAGCAGGGGGAGCCUUCAUCUGAAGACGAAGCUGAAGGUAUUCAUGUUCGACGUUCUAUGCGAGGCAUAGUUCCACAGAGAAAGUAUUCCACAUCCGAAUGGAUACUUGUUAGCGAGGGGGAGCCAACGAGCAUCGCAGGAACGAGAGAAAUAAAGAAAAAGGUGGAGGGGGAGAUUUGUAGGAUUCUUCCACCUUCUUUCUUGGAAGUUGCCAAGAGGCAUCUCACACCUUCUUGGAAGGAGGUCUCCAACAAAUAAAGAUGGGAGAAGAUAUGGAGAUAACUAUGGAAGCAUGGAUGCAACUUCCUCUUGUCUCCAAAGUAGCCUAUAAAUAGAGUGUUCUAUUGUUGUUCAUAGUAUCAGUUUAGAAAGUGAGAAAAGUGUGUGAAGAGUGAAAUACACUUAGAGUAGAAGUGUAUUGGUGAGGAUUGGUUUUUUGUAAUAGUUGAGUGUGAGAGUUUGCUCCUCCUAUUGUAAUUCUGUUCUUGAUAUUGAAUAGAAGAAUUUUCCAAUCCCAACAAAAGGCUUAGUAAAAGUAUAUGGACGUGUGUUUUGCUAAUUAAAGAAUGUUUGCGGGAGAAGAUAGACUAG